AUGCCCUUAAUAAUUCCCAACCGUUUUUCACUUUUUGAAGAAGAAGCAACGUCUUUGGACUUAGAUUCUAUCAUCAAUACUGAUCCAGUUAUUACUGUUGGUUCUCAUCGUUAUGAUAUUAUGUAUACAUCUGUUUAUUACAAUGCACCACAUCUCUAUGCUUUAGAAUACAAUGGGAAUGAAAAAGCUUUAGCACAUCUACCCAGGUCAAAAAAUCUGACAGCAAAUCUUGUACGAUUUGGUAUGAAUCUUACAAAAAAUCGUAGUCUCUGAAAUCUUACAUCAAUCCUUAUUGCAAGGUUUCUAUCAGAUCCUACCGUCGCAUAAGAUUUUCUAAAAUCUUACAGUAAGAUUUCAGAGACUACGAUUUUUUGUACGAUUCGUACCAAAUCGUACAAGAUCAUAUAUGAUCAGACGCAGAAUCUUGUCCGAUCUUAGUGUCUGAUUGUUUGCCCUGGGAAUAAUACUUACACCUAG